AAUGCCCUACCAAGAAGCACAGAUCCAUUCCCAUAGUCGAUUUUCUUUCCCAGCUGUGUCGUUCUCGUCCGCCGACAUCUUUUCGAGUUUUCACCUGAGGUAACCCACCAAAAAGGCAAAAUGCAGGGUCUCAGCUUAGCUGGAAUGAAGAAACACCCUUCCCUGAUCCCUCUGUUUUUGUGUAUUGGAGUCGGAACUGCUGGCGCUGUCUACUAUAUUUUGCGCCUUGCCACCCGCAACCCUGAUGUUACGUGGAACAGGAACACUAACCCCCUGCCCAACCAGGAGUUUGCCAACAAGCAAUACAAGUUCUACUCGCCAAUCAGAGAUUAUUCCAAGAUUGAGAGCCCCGCUCCCAAAUUCUAAAUUGGUCGAGACUAUUUAGUUAAUGGAUUAGGUUAUGAGAAAUUUUCCAUGAAUCUCCAUAGUUCAGCUGCCGUUGAAAUUCAAAAACUCGAGGCCUUCUUCGAGUAUCUGUUUGACUUCUUUUUAAUUCCGAAAUGUAAAUAAAUAUUUCGUUCUUUGCCGAAA